UCAUGGGCCAGACUGGGAAGAAAUCUGAGAAGGGACCGGUUUGUUGGCGGAAGCGUGUAAAAUCAGAGUACAUGAGACUGAGACAGCUGAAGAGGUUCAGAAGAGCUGAUGAAGUAAAGACUAUGUUUAGUUCCAAUCGUCAGAAAAUUUUGGAAAGAACAGAAACCUUAAACCAAGAAUGGAAGCAGCGAAGGAUCCAGCCUGUGCACAUCAUGACUUCUGUGAGCUCAUUGCGCGGGACUAGGGAGUGUUCAGUGACCAGUGACUUGGAUUUUCCAGCACAAGUCAUCCCAUUAAAGACCCUGAAUGCAGUUGCAUCGGUGCCCAUAAUGUAUUCUUGGUCUCCCUUACAGCAGAAUUUUAUGGUGGAAGAUGAAACUGUUUUACACAACAUUCCUUAUAUGGGGGACGAAGUGCUAGAUCAGGAUGGCACUUUCAUUGAAGAACUAAUAAAAAAUUAUGAUGGAAAAGUGCAUGGAGACAGAGAAUGUGGAUUUAUAAAUGAUGAAAUUUUUGUUGAGUUGGUAAAUGCUCUUAGUCAAUAUAACGAUGAUGACGAUGAUGAUGAUGGCGAUGAUCCUGAUGAAAGAGAAGACAAACAGAAAGACCUAGAGGACAGUCAAGAUGAUAAAGAAAGUUGCCCACCUCGGAAAUUUCCUGCUGAUAAAAUUUUUGAGGCUAUUUCCUCAAUGUUUCCAGAUAAGGGCACAGCAGAGGAACUGAAAGAAAAAUAUAAAGAGCUCACUGAGCAGCAGCUCCCGGGCGCUCUGCCUCCUGAAUGCACCCCAAACAUAGAUGGACCAAAUGCUAAAUCUGUUCAGAGGGAGCAGAGCUUGCAUUCAUUUCAUACGCUUUUCUGUCGGCGAUGUUUUAAGUAUGACUGCUUCCUACAUCCCUUCCACGCAACACCCAAUACCUAUAAGCGGAAGAACACGGAAACAGCUCUGGACAACAAGCCUUGUGGAGCACAGUGUUACCAGCAUCUGGAGGGAGCUAAGGAGUUUGCCGCUGCCCUCACUGCUGAGAGGAUAAAGACACCACCCAAGCGCCCAGGGGGCCGCAGAAGAGGAAGGCUUCCAAAUAACAGUAGCAGACCCAGCACCCCCACCAUCAGUGUGCUGGAGUCGAAGGAUACGGACAGUGACAGGGAGGCAGGGACUGAAACUGGGGGCGAGAACAACGAUAAAGAAGAAGAAGAGAAAAAAGAUGAAACCUCCAGCUCCUCUGAAGCGAAUUCUCGGUGUCAAACACCCAUAAAGAUGAAGCCAAACAUUGAACCUCCCGAGAACGUGGAGUGGAGUGGUGCUGAAGCCUCAAUGUUCCGAGUCCUCAUCGGGACUUACUACGAUAAUUUCUGUGCCAUCGCUAGGCUGAUUGGGACCAAAACAUGUAGGCAGGUGUAUGAGUUCAGAGUCAAAGAGUCCAGUGUCAUAGCACCUGUCCCCACUGAGGAUGUGGACACUCCCCCAAGAAAGAAGAAAAGGAAACACCGGUUGUGGGCGGCGCACUGCAGAAAGAUACAGCUGAAAAAGGGUCAAAACCGCUUUCCUGGGUGCCGGUGCAAAGCACAGUGCAACACCAAGCAGUGCCCGUGCUACCUGGCUGUGCGCGAGUGUGACCCUGACCUCUGCCUCACAUGUGGGGCUGCCGACCACUGGGACAGCAAGAACGUGUCCUGCAAGAACUGCAGUAUUCAGCGGGGCUCUAAAAAGCACUUACUGCUGGCACCCUCCGAUGUGGCAGGCUGGGGAAUCUUCAUCAAAGAUCCUGUGCAGAAAAAUGAAUUCAUCUCAGAGUACUGUGGAGAGAUCAUUUCUCAGGAUGAAGCGGACAGAAGAGGGAAAGUGUACGACAAGUACAUGUGCAGCUUCCUGUUCAACUUGAACAACGAUUUUGUGGUGGAUGCAACCCGCAAGGGCAACAAAAUUCGUUUUGCUAAUCAUUCAGUAAAUCCAAACUGCUAUGCAAAAGUUAUGAUGGUUAAUGGUGACCACAGGAUAGGGAUCUUUGCUAAGAGAGCCAUCCAGACUGGUGAAGAGCUGUUUUUUGAUUACAGAUACAGCCAGGCUGAUGCCCUGAAGUAUGUGGGCAUCGAAAGAGAAAUGGAAAUCCCUUGACAUCUGCUACCUCUUCCCCUCCUCUCUGAAACAGCUGCCUUAGCUUCAGGAACCUUGAGUACUGUGGGCAAUUUAGAAAAAGAAAAUGCAGUUUGAAAUUCUGAAUUUGCAAAGUACUGUAACAGUAAUUUAUAGUAAUGAGUUUAAAAAUCAACUUUUUAUUGCCUUCUCACCAGCUGCAAAGUGUUUUGUACCAGUGAAUUUUUGCAAUAAUGCAGUAUGGUACAUUUUUCAACUUUGAAUAAAGAAUACUUGAACUUGU